AUGACAACUUCUACGGAUAAACUUCCAACAAUUUUAAUUGUAGGGGCUGGUGUAGGUGGACUUAGUCUUUAUCAAUCAAUUCGAAAAAAUCUUGGUCAGAAAUUUAAUGUAAAAAUAUUCGAACGUGAAACUAGUCCUGAAGAACGAUGGCAAGGUUACAACAUUUUCAUUAAUAAAAAAGGUGUUACUUCAUUAUUUUAUUGCACACCACCUGAAGUUCAAGCUCGCUUUCCUGAAGCAAUGCCAGAUCCAAUUUCUAAGGAACAACAUACUAUAGCGAUGAUUGACCAUUUUGGAAGACAAUUAUUUCAUAUACCACAACCAAAAUUUAAGAGUGUUUAUGAAAUAGAAUCCAUUAAAACUGAUUUUGCAGGUAUAGUUACAUAUCGGAAUAGAUUACGCGAUGUUUUAUUAGAAGGUGUUGAUAUUCAGUGGGGUAAAAAAUGUAUUGGAUAUGAAGAAAGUGAAGACGGAGUUUGGGUAUUGUUUGAGGAUGGAACCAAAGAAUUUGGAGAUUUAUUAAUUGGAGCUGAUGGAAUUAAUUCGCCGAUUCGAAAACAAAAAGUUCCUAAUUUAGAAAUCUUUAAUCUUGGUGUAACUAGCAUCGACGUAGAUAUAGCAGUACCAAAAAAUCUGGCCGACAAAUUUGCAGCUUUUUACUCAAAUGCAUUAAUGCAAAAAUCCCUUGGUCGAAAUGGAGAUUCGUCGUUUUCAAUGAUGCGUCUUAUACCAAUCGAUCAAUCCGAUGAACCACGUUAUAGGCUUACUAUAGCAUAUCAAUAUCCAACAAUCAUCGAUAUCGAAGAUGAAAAUUGUAAAGUUGACGAUGAUGAUCCAGAAUCAGUUAUUAAACAUGCAAUUUCAAGAAUCAAACAAUUACGUCCACCUUGUGAAUUAACGGAUCUAUUGAUUGAGCUAUUUUCGUUGGUUCCAUACUCUGAUCCAGGGAAGAAUAAUCUGUUUCGAGCGUAUAAUCCUCCACGACGUCGUCCACUUCGCGAUAUUGAUCCAUUAUCUGUCCCGCCAUGGAAAGAUGAUAGAGUCGUUUUGUUAGGUGAUGCAGUUCAUGCUAUGAAUCCAAUAUUAGGAUUAGGUGCAAAUAAUGCAUUACAAGAUGCCGAGCUGUUAACCAAGGAAUUACUUAAAUGCGAAAAUGAUGAUUUAAUCGAGUGCAUUCGACGCUACAAUAAGCAAAUGAAAGCUCGAUCAUCUAAAGACGUUCAUUCAUCUCGUACACAAGUGCUAAGACAAAAAAUUCCGGUUGGAGAAUUUGGUUUAGUUUUUAGAUAUU